GAAAUGGCAAAGACAGCAGGAGCACUCGUGGCUUCACUCCUGCUCCUGAGGGCCAGUCUGCCAUGUUUUUCUGUGUAUACCAGCAGCGAAUGCUUCUUCAACACUAAAGCGAGCUGUGAACACAUGGGGCAGGUGUUUGGGGUUGGACAGAGCUGGAUGACCAACGACUGCUACCAGUGUGUUUGCAUGGAGCCCUUUGGAGUUGGAUGCUGUGACCUUGGCUCUAAACCAGUGGAUUACCCAGAAUGGUGCGAGAUCAUUCGCAGUCCGGACUCUUGCACCAGUGUUGCAGUGAUGAGAGUCAAUCACAAGCUGCCCUGCCUGUGGAGACAAGGCCAUCUCAAAACAGCAGCACAGCCAUGGAUAUCUGACAAUGAUCCUUUAUUUUGA